CGAAGGAUCAAGCGAUGGAGCACUUGUCAGCCACAAAACUACCAAAAAGGGUCACAAGAGGAGCAGUUCCAGUUCCAGUUGUAUGAGCAAUCGAUCAACAAACAGCAUUGGCAUCCGUUCAGCUCCAACGACCCCAAUGGCACCACUCAAGGGCAGACAGACACCAAUCAUUCCACCUAUGGCCAAAGUGUUGUCAAUUUGAACUCCAUCUCACGGAGUCCCAGUCAUAGCUCCACAAAGAGUGAUUCCAAAUCUGUGAGGCAGCAGUUGACGCCGUCAGGAGCUGGCACGGUGGCGAACAAUCUGCGCAGCGUGAGUCCCAAUCAGCAGCUGAAGGGAGCCGGUGGUGGCGGAAGUGAGAAGGAGACAAGUACAGGGAGUGGUAAAGAUGCUGGCAAAGAGAAGAAAAGAAAAGAGCUGAGUAGCUCACGUCAGAAGAAAUUCCAUCGACAUUUUCAGCAAGUUUCCACAGAUGAACAUGUGAUUAAUUAUUUUUCCUGUGCACUCGUUAGUGAUAUCCUCUUACAAGGACAUUUAUACAUAACCGAUAAUUAUUUUGCAUUUUACUCAAAUGUUUUUGGCUUUGUGACAAAACUCCUGAUUCCAAUUGUGUCUGUGGUAAAGAUAUCUAAGGAGAAGACAGCAAAAAUCAUCCCAAAUGCCGUUGGAGUGGCCACAAGUGAUGAGCGUCAUGUCUUUGGGAGCUUCAUGAGUCGCGAAGCUGCCUACAGACUGAUGGUUAGUGUUUGGAGGCCUCUUGUUCCGGCUGAAGAAGCUCCAGAAACUCCUGCCACAAAAGCACCAGAUGCAGAAAUGUUUGAGUGCAGCAUGGAGGAGGACAGUAGUUGCUCAGUUAGCGGAAAUGAGAGUCCAACGCAAAUCCAGGAGUCCUCAGCUAAUAGCGAUCCAGCUCCUCGGCAAAGACCCGGAGUUUCUGUAGUGGAUGGCCUCCCGCCGGACGAGAUGCCUUCACUUGUGUCCAGCAAUCCUAAACCUGUGAUUUUCCGUCAUGCCCCUCCUCCACCAACCCUUGCAGCGACUACUAUGGCAAAAAAAUCCUUCUUGACUAGAUUGCGGCCCAAGCUGCCUAAAAAUUUGCACAUUGUCCACUUGGGAAUGGUGCUGGCGGUUAUUCUUACCAUCUUCUCAGGCUUCCUCCUUUACCGGAUUCUCGACAUCCAGGCCAGAGCCAAUGAAUUCCCCACACUUGACUAUAAAUGGUCUGGCACCAAGGAUGACGCAGAACUCUAUGCUGAAGUUUUAAAGUGGCAGAAGGAGCUCCAAUCAAAGAGCCUUGAGGAGGCACAAAAGAUGUUAAAUUCAAAUUUAGAUCAAAUUGUGAAGGUGAGAGAGAGUCUCGAGACACUUUCGACGCUCAUUCAUGACAAAUUGGAAACAGAUCCGGCAACAACUGGCAAUUCUGGAGCCACAUGAGUGUCAAUUUACAGGCCUCGAUUUUUCUUAAUUUUUUAUUAAAAAAAAGAACAUGAAAUAAUGUUAAACAGAUACUAGUCAAAUUGGGCAGAAGAUCCACGUUUUACAUAGAUAUUGCUCAAGAAAAACAAAAAUACUUUCUCAAUUUCGUGCGUGAGAAAUGAAGAAAAGUAGAAGCAUUUUCUUCAUAUGAAUUCUUUCUCUUUUUGUGGACUAAUUAUAAAUAAAAAGGAAGGAGACGAUAUGGAGGAAUGUCACUGAGAAUAUCAAGAAAAGGCAAGUGUUAUUUUUGGCUCUUAAUCUUAACUUAUUUUAUUAGAUAAAUGCAAUUUGUAAUGCGCAUGUUAAAAUGGUGAAUUUGUAGAACAAGAUCAAAUGUAGCCAAAGGAGUAAAAUUUGCCAAAUAUUAAUUUAAAAACAAAAUAAAUAAAACAAAUUGUGGUUAAUGAGAGAAAACCUUUUCAUCAGUAUAACCUAUGGUUAAUUAUUAAAAAAAAAGACACAAAGUAUGCAUAUUUCCUUAAAUUUAUCUUAAGAAAAAGAACAUUAAGAAACGGAUCAAGGCAAAAAAAUCACUGAGUGAUCAAAGAGAGAUAAGCAAUUUAUGACUUUUUUUAAGUUAAAAAAAAAAUAGAAUGAUGGCAAACUCACAAUAAGUUCUGUUUUGUAAAAAAAAAUUUCGAAACUUCGCAUGAGAGUGAGCAAGACAAUAAAAUAAGAUUUCGCUCAUUUAGUGAAACAUAAAAAUAUUAACAAAGCUAAAGUUUUUCUGGGCUUUUUAAUGGUAUACACAUAAUAAUAUUCGUCUAUUUUUGUUAUUUACCAAGGUGUAGGGGAAGGUGGGGCUACUUUGAGCUGUGGGCUACAUUGUUAUACGAUUUUUUCGCAUAUUUCUAAAGGAAACUGAGUUUAAACAUGAUGUAAUUUAAAUAGAUAAAACAUCUAUGGAUCUAAAUAAAAUAAUUGUAAGGAUCAGCUUGAUUUAGAAUUAGGCGAAAAAUCGUAUAACAAUCUCACCUCACAGCUCAAAGUAGCCCCACCUCCCCCUAAUUAAGUCAAUAUUCUAAAAAUACAAAUCGACAAAAUCGAAAGAUUAAGGGAUUCCUUACUUAAAGAUCGCAAGAUCGUGCGAUUUUCUAUCUAUAUUUAUCGUCAGAUUACACGAUUACUACACAAACCUAUAACUUUUUCAAACUUCAAUUUUGUACUGAUAAUGUUUUCUAAAUCCAUCUGUUAAAAAUAGAAGAAAACCGUAAUUAAUAUGAUGGAAAAGUGACAAGUUUUGAAAAACGCAAACGUAUGUUUCCUGUUAUAUGACACCACAUAGCAUAAAAGCUAUACUUUUCCAAUAUUAUCCAUAAUAAAUAAAUAAAUAUAUAUUUUAUUGUGCGUAGCUCAUGUAACACUGAACGUUAUAAACAUUAUUUUGUAAUUUUAAUUAGAGAGUGAGCGAAAUUCACUUCUAUUUAUCUCACUAACUUUCAUCCGUAAUUUCGUAAAUAAUUUUUAAAAACAAAAGUUAUUGUGUGUUAUAGCGUCUACACACUAGAGAAAUUUAUGUCCAUAUUCAAGAGUUUUUCCUAUACUCAAGCAUAGAGAAUUUGCUUCAAUACUUCAAUAUGGACAGAAAUUUCUCUAGUAUGUAGAGGCCAUUACUUAUAAGGAUUUCAAAAUAAGUAAUAAAGAAUUGUGUCUCCAAGUCAUUUGGAGAAAUAUGAACAAGAAACAUAGAAAAAAAUGGGAUUAAAGACUGUGGUAAAGAGAAUUUCAAAAAUUCUAACAUUUUUAUUUGAGAAAAAAGAGAAAUAAAUCCAAAAGAGUUGAUUAAAAAUUUGCAAAGUAUGUUGGCAUAAACAUUUAAAAUAAAACAUAAAAAGUUUUGUGAGGAACUCACAAACAUUUACUAAAAAAAAAUUAAAGCAAAAAAAAUAUAAAUUCUAGUGUCAAGUUAUUAUAAAAAUAGAAUAUUUAAAGGACAAAUAUGAAAACCCAAAAAAUAUUUAAUGGCUUUCACAAUUAAAUCUAAUAAACAUACAUUUGAAAAUGUUAAAAAAAAAAUUUAAAAGACACAAUAUCAAAUGAAUAAAAAGGAUUACUAUUAUACUUCCUGAAGACCUUUCUCCAGCAAACAUUUUACAGAAUUGUCCUAGACAUUUGAUAGUAAAAACGUAAAUUAAAAGUUCAGUGAUUGAAGGAGUUGAUGAAAAUUGCUGAUAAAGCGAGAAAAAUUGUUUGAAUUAUUAAUUUGACAUUAUUGUUGUAGCGAAAGCUCAGUUUCCUUCUGAAUAAUUAAGAUUUUCAUUUUCUUAUUUCAUUCAUUUGUAAGAUUAUAGUCGAAGGUGUUUCAGUGGUUGUUUGAGUGGGCAAACGGUAACAAACUUUUCCUUUAUAAUUUCCCAUUUUCAGUUGAAGGAUAACUUUUUUUUUAGGGGAAAUCAUCUGUUGGUAAACAUUCUAACAAUGUGCAAUUAUUCCUGAGUAACAAUGACUGGUGGAAAAGUUACAGGCAGGAAAAUAUGUUCAAACUUAAACAGUAAAAUUUGUAUCUAAAAAAAUUACUAAGAAGAAAUGGUAAAACUUCCAAUGUGGAAUAGUCAAACUUAUAAAUUUACUUUUACUGCAUGCUAUACCAUAAAAUAAAUUUCGCAUUAUUUCCCUAGAAAUCUUUAAGAGAAAAUUUUAAUGUGUUCAUGUAAAAUUCGAAGCAUCAUCAUCCUUUAAGCUUUUAAGAAGGAUUUUGAAGUUUAAUUAAAUCAAACAUUUAACUGCUCAAGCUUCUAUCUAAACAAUUUGAAAGAUUCAAAUUGAAAAUUGAUUUAAAAAAAAGUUAAAAAAAAACAUUCCAUUUUAAAUCGUUGUUUCUAUCGACCAUAAUCGUAUCUGUCGUAUUUGUUUUAAUGUUAUGAAUCAUGAAUAUGUAAUGAACCAAAAAAAAAAAUGAAAGAAUAUAUUGAUUAAAUUCCAAAACAAGUAAAACCAUAAAAUAGAUCAUUACAGAUACGACAAUAAUUGACGCAAACAACGAAAUUUCGAUACUUCGUACAAUAUCCACCAGGCACUGUUAAAUGCUCAAUGGAGGAGAAAUAAAUAAUUCAUAUGAGUCGCAAGGUGAUCUUAACAGCUUUGCGUGACAUCAUAUAAAUAGAAUUGAUACUUAAAAGAGCGUGAGAUUAUUUGAGAAGACUAUUCUUCGCUAUUCCACCCCAAAAUUGCUUUCUCCUCCAACAUCUUAAUUGCGCAUUUCUUCAUGAAGUCGGUUAAAUAUUUUCUUAGUUAGCCCCAAGAUAAGCGAUAAAAUGAAAUUCUGUGAUAUAAAUAAUUUUUGUCUCUUUGUGUUACAUUUUUGUUGUUAUUUUUUUUUGGGUGGUAUAAAUUAUUAGUAAUUAGUGCUUUUAGUUCUUAUAUUUUUUUGUAAAUAUUAGUCAAGCAUGGAGAUAGUAGAAACGGUGGGACCUUUGGAAUUGUUCUUUAUAUCAGUUUUCUGCUUUCCCAAUGAUGAGUAGCUGCGGGACAAGAAAGGGCAAAGGGUACAAGAAAUGAUGAGUUAUUGAGAGAGAGAGAGCACGAGAUAAAUCAUUUCCUUCAUGAGAUAACCCAAAAUGAAAGAUAAUUCCUGGUGAUUUUUUCUCUCUUUUUUUAUUGGUUUUUCAAACGAUUUUUUGAGUUCUUUUGGCAUAAAUACAGUUUUUAAUAUAUUUCUGUCAUAGAGCCUAUAUUUUUUUUAUUUAGUGUAAAAUCAAUAAAUAACAAUUUGAUUUUUAUUUUAUCGUCUCACACAAAUAGAAUAUAUUUCUAUCUAAAGCCAUUUCUUUUGCUACUCUUAGUAAAUUCUUGCAGAUUAAAUAAAUAAUAUUUGUCCAACUAACAACUCUCGUAAUCUUGUAAAGUUCAUUCAAAACAAAACCAAUACAAGUCCAAGAUGCCAGAGUUGAGUUUUUUCCUAGAUUUUAUUGCUUCGAUGCAAAACAAAUUGAAGCAAUUUUUAAGUAACAGGAAUAUUUUAAAAUAAAAGGAGCAGAAAAAGAAUGAAAUGAGUCAUAGAAAUUACUCUCUAGAGAAAGAGAGAGAAAAAGGGUGAAUAAAAUGAUAAAUAAAAUAUA